CUUUUCUUAUAGAAAAAUUAGAAAAUCAAUAAAAACAAAAUAGUUAAAUCACACAACACAUCCUAAAGUUCUAUGCAUUCACUGUAAUCACCAGUAAGAAAACUUUUAUAAACUACCCUGCCGACACACCGGCAUCGGCUUUCAAUUCUGACAUUUGGUUUAUUUUGUGUGGGCAUUUAGUUGAUAAUUUUCAAACAAAUCUGUUGCAAAUUUGUUUAUCCUCGAAAUAUUCGUGUUUAAUUCUUAUAUAUUCAAAAAAUAAACAACAUGAAUCAUUUCGAAGAACUAGAAGCCCUCGAUCCCCGAAACACCACAUUCACAACUUCCCGCAUAGACACACCAACUCCACACAAAGUAGCAAUUGUCCUUUUAGUUCAUCAAUAUCUUAAAGCAAAACAAUCAGCCUCCGAACUUGGUCUAAUAUUUCCCGCCCAGUCGCGACAGCGUUUCUGUAUGCUUCUCUUAAAACUCAUCCAAUAUCCAGACAUGAUGUAUAAGGAUUUGCACAAUCUCCUCACGUCGAAUCGCUACAAAAUCGAUACUGUCCAUUUGGAAGGAUUCGAGAAAUGCAUGAGUGACCUAAAUAGCCUCGGACUGGAGUACCUCUUCGAUUUGUUCGAAAUGCAGAACUUCGAUAAAAUCCUCUCCGAUUCGAUUGGUGUCAGCCAAUACGGAAUCGUUGGACUCUACAUACGACGAGUUGCUGUGAUUCUAGACCGAAUGUCGUUCCCAGAAAUGCUCAGCUUAUACGAGAACAUAUGUUUGUAUUACGAGAAAGGCAUUCGUAUGAUGGCGAUUGGCCCCCGCGUAUCAAACCUUCUGGGCACGUGUACCAACAACACAACAGAGAGCAAAGAAGAAACAACAAUUGAAGAAGAAGAAUCCCUGCCAGUAGUCGAUAAUGUGCACCACCAUCGAAACCCUCACAGCAAGUGGUCUGCCAAGCAGGCCGAUCUCUUUAUAACCCAACAGUGUAGCCUGCUGGAAAGCAACGAAAUACGUGCUCUACCACCCAUCGAAAUGCAAACAAAACUCAACGAAAUAAUUCAAGAUAAUCCAUUGAAUUCUCAAGCAUUCUUCCUCACCUACAUGAACAAUCUUCGAUUGCGUGAUUAUUUCAGUUCUGUCGAUGCCUUGCAUCGUGCCUUCGAUCGAAGUCCCAUGCAAAUGAUGACCAACUACGAGCAUAAGGGUUUUCAAUUCUUCAGUAUAAAUCUCGCCGUUAUGCAUGCUAAUUUUGGUCAUCGUGAGGAGGCGCUGGAAUCGCUGAAAGAGUGUAUAAUGCUGGCACAGGAGAAUGGCGACAAACGAUGCUUGGAUUUGGCGAAUUCGUGGUAUUGCAUUCUCAAUAGCAAUAAAAUAGAUCCAUUCGAGAAAUGCCUUCCCGAUCUGCAAGAUCCGUGUAUGAUUCAGAGUCUGUCGUUAAGCAUACAGUUUGUAGUUAAGGUUGGCGCUCAAUGUGGGUGUCUGCCGUUGGAUUUGUUUGAACUUCUUCAAAAGAGUGAUGAACUUAACUGUAAGAAUUCUUUGAUGGAUUAUUUCUCUGAUUCCCUGGCUCUUCGCUCGGCUCUUUGGAAUCUGUAUGGACACAAUGAAAUGGCUUCAAUGUACGCUCAAUUGCUGUUGAAGUUGAAAAAGACGUGGGUAUUUGGCGACGUAGGCAAUAGUGAAAGUGUGUGCAUGGUGCUCUGCUGUCUGGCUCUGUGGUUGAAUAUUCAAGGAGAAUAUGCCUUAUCCUCCGUAGUCUUGCACCACACCAAGGAGAGAUUCCCUCGGAAUCCUUAUUCGAAUAGCUGGAUGAUCUGUGAGUGCUAUAUAAUAAUUCACCAAUCAAUUCUGCGUUGUAAAUGGCAGGAAGCUUCGCGUGCUUGUGAUCAACUUUAUGUGUUUGAUGAAAAUGCUGCAAUUCUCCAGCGUGUUUCGGUGCUUAUUGCCAAGCGAUAUCUAACCACCGCUCGAACGAUGCUUGACAAACUACUCAUGUCAAGUGAACUCGAUUGCUUGACACAAGUUCGUGCCUUGAUUCUGCUUGCUUAUUCCAUGAUCUCUCAAGACAAAGUCAAUUCCGAGGUGAUAGGAACCCUAAACAAAGCAUCAACUUUAGCAUUACAGUCCUAUCUCGAGUUUGAAUGGGCCAUAACGGAUAUGAUGUUCGCACAGGUCUUACUUCAAAUGCAAAUGCCCCAAAAAGCUCUACAAUCUAUUAAAAACGGCAUGGAAAAGAUAUAUGCCAAUGGAGGACUGUACGACCGUGCAAAGGCAAGUUUUGUUUACAUGAGAUGUCUGGUUGCCACAGCAUUAACGCCUGAAGAAAAGAAAAAGUGCCUAAAAGAGUGUAGCCAACAGAUCGAUGAAGCUAUUGGAUACUUUAAGAAACUAGACGCCUACGCAAAAGUACUUGAUGUAUAUAGCUUUUUGGCAACGCAGUACAACGAACUUGGCAUGAAGCCUGAGCGAAAUAGAUACGCGGCCUUAUUCAGACAAUAUCACAUGGAAUUCAAUAUCGCCGAAGAGUAUUUAAAUGUUUUCUUUUAAAAAAAAGUGUAUGGUUGUUUUGUAUUAUUAAAUAUUGUAAAUAUUUUUUUAAUUGUAUUUAUUUGUUAAAAUAAAAUUUUAUAGAAAAGUUGAAGAAUAUUUACAUGG